UUACCACAUCUUCUGCAUCACCCAAACAAUCUUCCAAAGAAAGCUAAAAUACCAGAGCAGAGAGAAUUAUUCAUGGCAUCCAAGAAGGCUGUUGUCAUGACGGUGGCAGUGCUAGCUGUUCUUCUACUACCCCUGUCUGCAACAGUUUCUGCUAGACCCGAUGCUCAUGUCUUGGAUCUCUUUGACCUACUAAGUGCCAAACACCAUGUCUCUAAUAACUUUGUGAGAGUGGUGCAUGGGAAGAGUAAAGGAAAUAAGCUAGCGUGCUGUGAUAAUUGCUAUUGCACUAAAAGCGAUCCUCCACAGUGCACAUGCGCAGACGUCUUCACCGAUGCAAAAGAAUGCGAUGGCUGUGACGUUUGCAUCACCUACCUAUAUCCCCCACGAUACAGGUGUCUUGAUGUUACAGACUCUUGCAGUCCACCAUGCUCCUCUGAUGCUGCAGCUUAUAGUGUUCUUAAGAAUAAAGUUGUUACCAACUAAAUCGCCACCGUGUUAAGUACAAUAUAGGCUUGGCCAACUGCCUCAAUGGCUGAUAUAUAUGUUGAGGCUUUUAAAUAAUAUGUAAUCCAAGUCUUCUCUAAAUAAAAAUGUUUGUGUUGGAAAUAAAAUUAGCUUUGUUUUGAAA